AUGUCCCAAAAGGUGCUGAUCAUCGGGGGUGGAGAUGGGGGCGUCCUACGGGAAGUGGUGAAGCACCCGUCUGUGGAGUCUGUGGUCCAGUGUGAGAUCGAUGAGGAUGUCAUUGAAGUCUCUAAGAAGUUUCUGCCGGGUAUGGCCAUCGGUUAUUCUAGCUCUAAGCUGACCCUCCACGUGGGUGAUGGCUUUGAGUUCAUGAAACAGAACCAAGAUGCCUUCGACGUCAUCAUCACCGACACCUCGGACCCCAUGGGCCCCGCUGAGAGCCUCUUCAAGGAGUCCUAUUACCAGCUCAUGAAGACAGCACUCAAGGAAGAUGGCAUCCUUUGCUGCCAGGGUGAGUGCCAGUGGCUGCACCUGGACCUCAUCAAGGAGAUGAGGCACUUCUGCAAAUCUCUCUUCCCUGUGGUGGGCUAUGCCUACUGCACCAUCCCCACCUACCCAAGCGGCCAGAUUGGUUUCAUGCUAUGUAGCAAAAACCCGAGCACCAACUUCCGGGAGCCUGUGCAGCAGCUGACACAGGCCCAGGUAGAGCAGAUGCAGCUGAAAUACUAUAACACGGACAUGCACCGCGCAGCCUUUGUGCUGCCCGAGUUCACCCGCAAGGCCCUGAAUGACAUAAGCUGAGCCUAGGUGCCACUGCAACACCACCCGCGACCUCAAUCGGACUGGACCAAGGAGCUUCCAAGAUGUCUAGGGCCCCGCCAGCCCUGAAUGAGACUCCCAGUGACUCUUUCCGACCAACCAAGUGUUACAGGCCCCAGAAUGCUGCCUGGCCUGCCCUGCUGGGUGGACUCAGUCUUUGUCUCUGUGGUGUUUGGCCCCAAGCCUAAACCAGCUCUGUACAGCACCGUCUAUGCCCUCUGUCACCUAACAAAAAAUGUGUAUUUAUAAUAAAAAAAAAAGAGAUUAAAUACUUACCCACU